AUGUCGCUGGGAAUCCUGCGAGGCCAGGCCAUUAGGGAUGUUAUGCGACAAUGGCAUAUGGCACCCCUGAGGGAUGAGGUCAUGAGGCCACCAAGCGGUCAGUUCUGCUAUAGUCAUCAACGAGGAACAGGCAUCACCCGGCAGUACCCUGCAUCCUAUGGUACGGUGUUAGGCUCUCUUGCUGGGUUAUUGGGCGGCCAGGAGGGUUACAAGCAGAGUGUGGCCAAUUUUAAGCCCCCAACACACAGGGGUGCCUUUACUCCCCUGAACAGAGUGGAGCCCGCUGGAUCACGCAGUGUCAAAGCUGUCGACACUAGCACUGUGAUCAAACUCGGCGCGAGCUGCAUGGCCUUAUGUAACGAGCGCAUGAGCAGAGUGUAA